GAUUGGUUGAGAAAACAUGAUGGCGCUUCUUCUUCUCAAUUAAAAAUACAGCUCUAAAAGGUAUAUCUGUGGUCAAGGACACAAUAUUAGCACAAAUUUACUCAUUUCGUUUCAAUAAGCGUAUGUAGCUGUUAUUCGCCGACUGACUGGGUGAGAGUGUAUCGUGUUAACGGAGUUAUGUUGACGUGCUAACAUAACUGCUGCCAGACCGUUGGACGUUCCACGUAAAUAUCGUUCAAGCCAAGAUCAUGCCUGCAUUUCGCCAAGUCGGGGAGAAGCAGCUCCCAAACCCUGUACUGUGCAUGGCAUGGUCCCCCAAACGAGAUCUUAUUGCACUGGCCAACACGUCGGGCGAAUUGCUUCUGCAUCGUUUGGUCAGCUUUCAGAGAGUCUGGAGUCUUCCACCCAGUGAAUGUACUGGCAAGGAAAUCACCUCGCUGGCCUGGAGGCCAGAUGGCAAAAUACUUGCUUUCAGCCUUAAAGAUACUAAGCAAGUAGUACUGUGUGGCAUUGAGAAAGCCGAGAUCCUCCAUGUCUUUCCAUUACAAGGUUCAGUGACUUGCAUGCACUGGAUGGAAGUAACUGAAGAGAACAGUGCUUUGAGCUCCUUUUACAACUCAGAGGAUGAAUCCAAACACUUCCUUCCUAAGUUACCAACACUUCCCAAGAGCUACAGCACAACAUCAAAGCUUUUCAGUGAGGAAAAGUCUGAUGAGAUCAUGAAUCUGCUGGGAGAAGUCAGACUAAACAUACUUGUUCUAGGUGGAGAUGAGGGAUUUUUAGAGUUGUACGCUUAUGGGAUGUACAAGAUCGCCUCUGUAACUGUGGUGACAGGAACAAUUCGUAACUUGAGUUUGUCCACCGACCUUCACUCCCUGUCACUCAUCACUGAGGUCAAACAUGCCGAUCAGAGUGCUGAGGUCUGCCAUGUUCAGUUGGACACAAGUCUGCUGUCUGACUGCCUGCCAGAGGUCACAAGGAUGGCACGCAAGUUUACGCACAUAUCUACACUCCUACAGUACUUGCAUCUAUCGCUCACCUGCAUGUGCGAAGCCUGGGACGACAUUCUUACCCAGAUGGAUCUGCGUCUCACCACGUUUGUGCAGGAGAAAAAUACAAACUCUCAAGUACAGGAUGAAUUUCUGGAGCUUUUACUUUGGGGACAGUACAGUGUUGAACUUCAAAGUCUCCUGAUAAACCAGCUGACAGUCAAGGGGCUGAAGAAGCUUGGCCAGUCCAUUGAGUCAUCCUACUCCAGUAUCCAGAAGCUUGUGAUCAGUCAUCUGCAGAGUGGCUCCGAGGCCCUGCUCUACCAUCUCACUGAGGUUAAAGGCAUGGCCCUCUGGAGGCAAAAGUUUGAGCCUCUUGGUCUGGAGGCAGAAGCACUUGAAAGUGCAAUCUCAGCAGUUGGGUCCUUUUCCUUGAAAACGAAUGAGCUUCUACAGGUGAUUGACAAAAGCAUGAAAAACUUCAAAGCCUUUUUCAGAUGGUUGUAUGUAGCCAUGCUGAGAAUGAGUGAUGAGCAUGUACCAUCCGAACUCAACAAGAUGACCCAGAAGGACAUAUCGUUCGUGGCUGACUUCCUGUCUGAGCAUUUCAGUGAGAACGAAGAUCUCUUCGAUCGUAAAGGGAAAUACUUUAAUGUAGAAAGAGUUGGCCAGUACUUGAAGGAUGAAGAAGAGGAGCUGGUCUCUCCACCCAGCACUCAUGGUAACCAAUGGUUGAAGUUUUUACAGGAGAGCAAACACUUGAAGGACAGCCCGCUGCUGUUUCCAUCACACCCACAAAAAUCUCUGCAUUUUGUGAAAAGGAUGAUGGAAAAUGUGAUCGAGCUUUGUCUGCAGAAACCCUCAGAAGUCAUUGGGAGCUCUGUGAGGCAGGCUGAAGUACUGCCACUAUAUUCUUUACCUGAGAGUCCGGAAAACUCCCCUCAGCAUUGCAAACUCCCGUGCUUGUGGAAUGACAAGAAGGCCAAAAUGCACUAUGCUGUUUUCUGCAUGCCGGAUAUAUCGCCACGUAAAAUCUACAUCCUGCGUAAAGGAACAGAUCCAAACAGACACAUCUCCAACAGCGUCAUGUCCAUUGAUCUGAGCCACCAUCUUGACAGUGAAGACAGCGAUGAGGCUGAACCCCAGCCUAAUUGUGUUUACAGUUGCCUGGAUGCGUGUUUCUAUGACGACGAAAUGUUGACUGUCGUCCUCCAAAGGACGGAGGAGGAGAACAGGCGGGUCCUGGCCCAGAUUUCUCUUGCCUCCACCCUCAGCUCUGAAACUGGAUUCAGCUGGAAGCCCAAAACUCGUCUUGACCAGCAGGGCGGCGACAUACCUUGUCAGGGUUUGGUGCUUGGAAAUCAGUGGAGGGAAUUGGAAAAUAUGAAGGCCCAGUUUGUAGCCGUCAAUGGAAUCCGCAAAGUGGCAUGCAUUCUGAGCUCCAAUUUGAGGCACAUUCGUGUUUUUGAGAUGGAUGUUGAAGAUGAGGAAGACGAGGGAGCAGAGUCCCAUAAUGCCAGCACUGAUCAGGAUGGGUUUGAAACUUCCAUGACCUGCGAGGGGCAGGACAAUGGGGACAGUGAGGAGCAUAAAGGUGAAACUUCUCAGAGUACAGAACUGGAAGCGGAUGUGGCUGCGGAACUAUGAAAAAUAAAUUUUGGUUAGUGACAUUGUAUUUUUCUUAUCUUGGUUCCCUUUCUGGAUUUGCUCUUGCUGAAGAGAAAUUCCCUAGCAGAACAUUUAUGUCUAACCGAUGUCUCUCUUCAAACAUAAAUUGAGACAACAUCACUUCUGGAGAAUAA